CAUUUAGUAGGCGGGGUGUGUUCAGAUCAAGACCAACAGCUCUGCUUAAUCGCCAUUUCCAAACGUUCACUAGCUACAAAUAGCAGUCAGUAAGAUUUUCAGCUGUCGUUAUAAAACAGAUUUUAAGGACCAAUCGAUCAAGUCGCCGUAUUUAACUGCGACUGUGAUCUUUUCCAGGACUUUAAUAUCUUGUCAGACGCAAAUCGGGGAUGCUGCAGUUGGAGUCUCGGAGCCUCAAACGAUCGUUGGAUUUAAUGUCGCAUUUAAUCGCUAAAAGCAGUUUUUCGAUAAAGGACUGCGCAAGUAGAUCAUGUCAUUUUCGACCGAGUCAUUUUUCAAGAUGCUGAAUUUCAACAUAGCUAUUUUAAAUUGAUAACAUUUUCGCGACCUACAGUAGCUCAGAGGAACCUAUCUCCUAGUAGCUAGAAACAAAAACAACAUAUCAGCUGUUUGUGUGUGAACUUGCGAAAUACCAAAUAGAUUAUUGUAGCCUACUGCUACAAUAUCAGCCGUUUGUUUUCGUCUACAAGUUUUGGUUCGAAUUUCCAGGCGGAGAGAAAUAGCCAAGAUGAAGCUGUUGGAAAACUCCAGUUUUGAAGCACUGGGCUCUCAGCUGUGUGUUGAAACAGGAGACUCAAACAUCCUUGGCAGGAUUGAGAGUUACUCCUGCAAGAUGGCUGGAGACGACAAGCACAUGUUCAAGCAGUUCUGUCUGGAAGGAGAGCCCCAUGUGCUGGAGGCCCUAUCUCCCCCACAAUCCAGCAGUGCUCCCAGCCCGAACCUGCUGGGGAAGAGCAGUGAGGAUGGGGAGAAUCCUCUGAGUGACAAGUGCUGCAGGAAGACUCUGUUCUACCUCAUCACGACCCUGAACGAGUCCUUCCGGCCAGACUACGACUUCACUGCCGCCCGGGCCCAUGAGUUCAGCCGGGAGCCCAGCCUCAACUGGGUGGUGAACACUGUGAACAGCAGCCUGUUCUCAGCUGUUGGGGAGGAGUUCAACUCCCUGGGGCCUGAGCUGUGGAAUGCCAUCGACCAAGAAAUCACCCUGCAAGGAUGUGACAUUUAUAGUUACAACCCUGAUCUGGACUCAGACCCCUUUGGAGAAGAAGGCAGCCUCUGGUCUUUCAACUACUUCUUCUACAACAAAAAGCUGAAGCGCAUUGUAUUCUUCACCUGCCGCUCAGUGAGUGUCCUCAGUGGUUAUGGACGCGGUUGCCUUGACAAUGAGCUGGACAUGGAGCUAGACGAUGAGGAGGAGCUGGAUGGUUUCACAGAGGACCGGUUUCCUCGAGCUCUCUGCGUGUAACCUCUCUCAGGGAUAAUACUGAAGACCCACAGCCCAGUCUUUCAGCAAGGCAUCUUCAUUUACUGCCCCCUUCUUCCUUUAUAUGUCUGAGUGUUUUUCCAUAUUUCAGUCAUUGGACGAAUGGACUACCACCUUUUUUGCCUGAAAAGCAUCUGCUUACAUGUGUACAUACACACACAUAUACGGAAACCGAAUAUUGGAUGUGUUUUUUUUUUCCCCCGCCUUGGAUUAGCUUAUCUUUAAAGGUAGCCCUGCAGACAUGUAGUUUUUUUUCCCCUCAAAGGGCUGAGGUCUAGUUAAUGGGCCUCUGGAUCCCUGCCACAGUCUCUCUUCACCCAACUUCAACAGACAUUUCUCCCUGCACCAGGAUCAGCCUCUGCAUAGACAUUUUCCUAAGACGAUGAUGAAGAGGAUUUGCAUGUUAAGAUGAAGAAAACCCAUAGACUUUUACUGAAGCUGGCUAUCUUUGUCAUCAUGUUGGGUGUCUCUUCGAGGAGAUGACGUCGUCGUUGUCAACAUGCAUGCAAGCAAGUUGUUAUUGUCUGUAGUGGUUGAACAGUUCAUCACCAGCAACCAGGAGAGAGAAUGGGCUGCUCACUCAAUCACAAACUGAACUCAUGCCAUUGUGACAGUAAGAGUCACUGUGAUUGGCCAUGCUCUAUAAGUGUGCAUUUUCAUUGGUUCAUUCAUUCUUAUUUGUGUCUGUUUGUUCUCCUUUUACUACUCAUUUCAGUCUCUCAACAGUAUUCCUAUUGACAGUCAAGCACUGAGUUGGUUUAAACAAAGUAAGAACACCCUAUAGGGGGAGUGUGUGUGCAGAAGGCAGCCAUUGCCCCCCCUCCUUCUGAAUGUUAGGGGGUAGAGCUCCUGGACAUUGUAGAGCACAAACCUUCAGACAAGAUUGCCAGCAGAUAAAGAUUCAAGAUAUGAUUUGGAGACUCUUUCUCCGCAUCUUAAACCAGUGCUGGCUUAAGGUGCUGCUGUGGCUUUGGUUUGUUUGUUGUCGGCUGUUACCCAUAGGGUCAGUUUUAGUUUUAAAGGCUUCUAGUCAUUUUGGAACAAUUUGUAUGGAGGCCCUGGGAAGCUGGCACCUUUGGUGUUAAGUGCUGAUUAGCUUUUUUUGAACCUUUUAACUGACACUUAAUUGUUGAUGGUCGUUGAGUUGCCCUGAUUCAUACUGUAUGUCCUCGUUUUAUUUACACUUUCAGUGAAUAUUAUGAAUAAACUUUUAUGUGUUGUAAA